GCAUGAGAAUUCCAAGGUCAAGGCCUGCCUGGGCAACUUAGUAUAACCUUGUUCGAAAUUUCAAAUAAAUGGAAAUAGAGCUUCUGAGAACAUUUUUAGCAUCGCACUGGAGUGCUUGCCUACCAAGAUCCACUGGAGUGCUUGCUUGGCAAGAUCCAGGCUCUAGAUUCAGUCUCCAGUGUUGCCAAAAGAAAAAUGAGAAUCCAGAAACUCCUCUUCAGAACACCAAGACUUUACUCCUUGUGUUCUUAACCAAAUUGGUAUUUUCAGCUGCCUUGGAAAGUCACCUAACUAAAACAGCUAACAAAUACCCAGGGUGGGUGCUCUGCUAAGUCCGGCUGAGGACUGAGAGCAUGUCAUCUCUCUUAGUUCUCAGCACAGAUCUUUGUAGGUGGGCUGCCGGCACCACAGUCCUGACUCUCCAGCUGAGCAGGUUGUGGCUGAGAUUCAUCAAUAUCCCUAAGGACAUCAAGAUGAGUCUAUGUUUGUCUUACUUCAAUACCAAUGCCAGUUUUUCUCUUUUUUGCACUGAAAAUAUACUUAGUUCCGUUCUAAAUCAGUUUCAGAGUGCUACAAUUCCACAAGGAAGGCGAUUUAAUGGGGAGAAUCACAUCAUUCCCUUUCAAAAUGCUUUGAAGAUGCCUAUGGCAUCGUGUUGAUCUUUAAAAGGUAUUUAAGGAAGAUGCUAGCAUCUUUGCCCAAAAAGAAUUUUAAAGAUACUAAUUAACAUGAAAAAUGCAUUCUCAAAUACAUCUCUUUAAUGAAUUACUGCUUGAUUAAGCUAUGCUUGAGGCAAUGCACAAACUUUUCAAAUAUUUAGUUUAUGAUCAAGUAUCAGGAUUGUAACAUUUGGAUUAUGCUAACUUUCAUUUUAAAAACUAGUAUUCCUUUGGAAAAGCAUUUUGGUUUCCCCCAAUCUUAUUUGCUGACAAUGUAUGAGCUGUUUUCUCUUGAAAUUUUACAGGGUAGUUACCAUUGUAAGAAGCAAAAAUGAUUAAGUCAUUUAUAGCUCGAUGGGACAUUAGGAGAAUAAAUGAUCAUAUUCACAAAUACAACUCCAGUUUGUCAUCCUUAGGUGGUUUGCUGAGUAGAUAUUUAUAAUGUGUAACUGUUCCAGAGAAAAAAAUGAAAGCAUUGCUUAUUAGAUACAACAGCCUGGGUUGGGGAAUGACUGCAUGGGCAAAGUGCCACCAACACAAACAUGAAGACCUAAGUUUGCAUCCUCAAAACUCAUGUUAAAAGGUGUGUGAAAGAAAAAAAAAAAGUGAACGUGGGUAGCUGCACAGAUCUGUAACCCCAACAUUGGGGGUGGCUGAGACAAGCUGGACGAGUCAUAUCAAUGAGCUUUGGGUUCAUUGAGAAACUCUCUUAAGAAAUAAAGUAGAGAGAGAUCAAAGAAGACACUUGACCUCUGACCUCCAAAAGAAGGUAUGUGCAUGCACACUCACACUAACAUGUACAUUCCUCACACAGCUAGCACAAAACAUUCACACACAACACAGCACAUACAAAAUAGACCCAGGUCCCAUCACUGGCACUGAGAAAAAAGUGUACAUGGUGUAUUUUGGUUGUGUCUUUGGCUCUAAUACUAUAAGGUAGUCUAGGAGAUUGCAGCUUUAAUCAGGGGGAGAUGAAGGAUGUUAAAUCUGAGGCUUUUUCUUUUGAUUAUGUGUAAUAGGAUUGACAAGUCUGUUAUUCAGGGAUGGUGUAGCUGUUCAUCUCGGGAAAUAUUUGUGAUAGGUGUACUGCAAUAACUGCAAACAGUUCCAAGUAAUGGAGAACAUAGACAUGGGCACGGCUGUGACCCAAGUUCAAUCGGCAAUACAAAACUUAACAACUGUUGUCAUAGUUUAUAAUUUAUUUGCUAUUAUAAAAAAUGUGCCUGUUCCAUGUCUGUUAUCUAGUUUCAAAAGGAAUAGAAGUAGCAAUCGUAGGUUAUAAUUAAGUUUAUACAUAAAUAAAUAUCUUACUGCUUUGAGAUUUUUUUUUCAGGAUUUUUAUUAUGAGCUUCAGACUUUCUUACUCUUGCUCAUGCAGCACCAAUCCCUUACUCCCCCUCGGCAUAAAGCCAUCAAGGGAGCUGACAGCAUCCCUAGCACGAAGUGCAGCUCCAGACACUGCUGAAGAAAUACACUCAAGGUCUCUAAUGUGUUUUAAAGGUUUGCAGAACAUACAUUUUAUAUUCAAAGAAAAUGGUGCUGACUAAGGGACCCAAGUGGAUUAUAUGUCUUCAUUCAUCCAAGAAUGAAACAGCCAACAUAUUUAUAAUGCUGCUUUCUCCUUCUCUUUCUGUUCUCUCCCCAUGAAUUCCUAAAACUUCGGAGAAACUCAGCUGCCCUUCAUCACCUCCUUCCCCAGAGGGAGUCUAAAAGCUGCCAUUACGUAGAAAAGUGGGAGCUGGAAAUGUUUUUCCUAAAUGGAAAACUGCUGCAGAGUGAUAGGAUUCUGAGGUCUUUUGUUAGGCACACACCAUGAGCUGGUAUCUGUGGUGAGGGAGGAAAGUGCCUCAUAUAGGAUGGGUUCUUGCUUCAAGAAGCUUGAUGUAGUAAAAACAGAUGUGUAAACAGUAGCCCUAUAGAGAAAAGACAGGCAAGAUAGGUGCUUCCCACCUGUCAAUCAACUCAAAUGGCUAUGCUCCUUGUAGAAGCAAUAGUGAGGAAUUACAGUAAUUAAUCUUUCUAUAUAAAAGAGCCUGCCUGUCCAGAGAUUUGGGAGUGAAAUUAUUUGACCUGACAAGAUAUAGAACGAUAUACAUGCUACCCUCCCCAGAUUUUCAUAUUUAGGGAAGUAUUUUCUAAUCUGUAGUAAUCCUUUCUGAGGCUUUGUGGCUCUGAUUAAAGUAUUAAUGGCUUUCCUCCUGUUGAACUGCCAGCAGAAAUAAUUCACCUUAUUGUUAAACUUACCUUCCAAUUUGCAUUUGUAGUUUUUCAGUCAAAGUGCAAGACUUUCUUUAGUAGUUGAUAUUACAAGGAAAUUCUAUACUUUUUCAAGCACGAGCUUUAGUUCCCAACACUUGAGUUACUUUGGUUAUUGAGUUGGUUUUUGGAAUUAAGUUUGGGUCUUUUAUUACAUAACUCAUAUGAUGGGAGACAAGGCCUACACUAACUGAGGUCACUCUAGCUAGGCUGGGCUGGAAGAUGAGCAUAAAUGAGGACUCAGUCUCACAUUCCACUUAGAGCUGUUACCCUUUAAAGUUUAGCAGGAGACUGGUGAGCAGUUAGCGUGAAAAAUACGGGCUGAAGACAGGUGAGCAGCAGGCAUGGUGGCACCUAUAAUCCUACUUAGUGAGUUCAAAGUUAGCUUGAGCAACUUAGUGAUGCUUCAUCUCUACAUUCAGAGGACGCUGUGGUUAUACCUCUGAGCAAGCGUGUCUGGCAUGUGCAAAGCACUGAAUUCAGUCCUCAGUGCUGGUAAGGAAAAAAAAAAAAAAAGACUAGUAGAUGCAGUUGCUGGUGCCUCCGGUGUUGCUUAUUCCCAGCAGCAUAGCCAGAUUGUCAGGACAGCUGGGGGACUGUCAGGAACCCGUCAGGACAGAGCACACAGGGCUCACCUCACAGCUCAACAUGCUGGGGAAGUGUUUACCCAUCAGCACAGGAGGACUGCCCUCCUGAACCACCAUCAUCUCCUCCCACAGUCAUUUUUCACUGAUUAGGCCACUUGAAAUGUUCAGUAGAUGGUUUGAAUCCCCUGCUUCUUGUCUAUACAACCCCUUCUUUGAUUUAGCCUUAACUGGUCAGCUUGUUAGUGGUUGAAGAAAUACUUAGGAUAGGCUUUUUUCAUUCAGGAUGUUUUUUAGGGUAUCCACUUUGGGGAGAAUACGGUUGCUAAUAUUAUAAGCUCCCCUUCAGUGGAGCUACUUCAACUGACAGGAAGCACAGAGAGAAAAGACUUCUGUGUAAAAUUAUUUAAAAGUAUUGAUAUUUUAAAAGUUAUUUUAGAGAAAUAUUAAGAGUUGAGGAUUUCUCAGUAUAGACUGAGAAAUUUUGGCAACCAGUUGAAACUAAGCAAUGAACUACUCUUACUUGUCAUGAUAGUUUGUGGUUUCUCAGGAAGUUUACCAGCCUAUAAGUCAAUAUUUUUAUAUGCAUGUGUGUGAUAUAUGUGGACAAACAAAUGCCACAACAAUCAUAUGGAGGCCAGAAGACAAGUUGCAGUAGUUGGUUCUUUUCACCUAUCUUGUGGGUUCUAUAGAUGAAACUUAGGACUGACAGCAAAUGCCUUUUCUGGAAGCCAUCUUUUCCAGCCCAUCUUUAUAUUUUAAGAACUAUCCAUCAACACGAAUGUAGCACUGUGUGUGUUGGUGAUAAAUCAUGGAUUUUGGCAACAGAAUAUUUGGGCUUGAUCUUCUGAUUUGGAGACUCAGUCAACAUGUGAGCAAGUCUUUCCCUUUUGAAAACUGGAAAGUGGGUAUUGGUUGAACCAUAACCAAGUAUACUAGUUAAGUGGAUCAUGAAAAGAUGGUGUAGCGAGUACAAGUAUCACCAACAGUGAAUCCAUCUGUUGAUGAAUUCACAUACCAUCUGUUCCUCAGAAAACGUCUACUUACCCAUUCCUUCAGAUGUGUGAUCUGUUAAGAUACAAAUGCACAAUAUUUAAUAGUACAGUUAUUCAAACACUCUUUUACUCAGUUAUUUUCAACCUGUGUCAAAUAACGUGCUUUCUGCCUUUCUCGCUCCCCGGCCAUCUUGGCAGCUGGUCUUCAUUGGGGGCUGUCCCGCACCUAAGGCAGGAAGAUGGUGGCCGCAAAGAAGACAAAAAAGCCUCUGGAGUCGAUCAACUCUAGGCUCCAACUUGUUAUAAAAAGUGGAAAGUACGUGCUGGGGUACAAACAGACUCUGAAGAUGAUCAGACAGGGCCAAGCGAAAUUGGUUAUCCUUGCCAACAACUGUCCAGCUUUGAGGAAAUCUGAAAUAGAAUACUAUGCCAUGUUGGCUAAAACUGGUGUUCAUCAUGACAGUGGCAAUAACAUUGAAUUGGGCACAGCAUGUAGAAAAUACUACGGAGUAUGCACACUGGCUAACAUUGACCCAGGUGAUUCUGAUAUUAUUAGAAGCAUGCCAAAACAGACUGGUGAAAAGUAAACCAGGAAAGUUUUUCUUUAAUAAAACUUUACCAGAGCUCCUUAAAAAAAAAUA